GGGGAAAUGGAAAAAGAAAAGCCCUUUAAACUGUUCGUGCCACCCAGGCUGAGCAGCGGCCAAGUGUCUGCCGUGAAACCGCAGGCGAGCGCCAGGGACGAUGGAUCCCGUCAGGUUUUUAACAAGUGCACAGAAGAUUAUUUUAGUUUGCCUUUUGUAAUGACAAGUACACCAAGCCAUGGUGAAGUCACAGAUCCAGAUCCUGUUUCACAGAAAAUAAAUUUUUUGCCUGGGGUAGAAGAAGAGAAUAUAGAGACAAUGCAUGAGCUUUAUUCAAAACUCUACAAAGAGGCUGAAAAGAUCAAGAGGUGGAAACUGACAGUAGAAUCUGAACUGAAGCAGAAGGAGAGAAAACUGCAAGAAAAUAAAAAGAUUAUUGAAGCACAACGUAAAGCUAUUCAAGAGUUACAGUUUGAAAAUGAAAAACUAAGUUUGAAAUUGGAAGAUGAGAUAUGUGAAAAUAAAGAUCUUCUACAAGAAAACAGUGCAACAAGACAUUUGUGUAAUCUGCUCAAGGAAACCUGUGCUCGAUCCACAGAGAAGUCCAACAAAUAUGAACAUGAAAGAGAAGAAACCAGACAUCUAUAUAUGGCACUUAAUAAUAAUAUUGAGAGAAUGAUAUUGGCUUUUGAAGAACUUCGUGUGCAAGCAGAGAACUCCAGAUUGGAAAUGUGUUUUAAAUUAAAAGAAGCAGCAGAAAAAGUAGAACAGCUUGAAAAAGAAUACAAAAUGGAAAUAAAUGUCAAGGAAAAGCAGCUAUCAGUUUUGACUGUGCAAAGUGGUGAAAAAGACAAUAAAAUGAGAGACAUCACAGUUCAGUUGCAGGAAUCAAGGGAUAAGAUUAUUGAUUUAGAAGAAGCAACAGAACAACAAAAAGAAAUGUUAAAAGAAUCACAGAGCAAACAGAAACAUUUGAUGGGAGAACUGGAAGAAGCUAAAGUUUUGCUGCAAAAAACAGAGACUGCUCAGAAGAGUUUAGAAACCGAAUUACGGACUGCAAUGAAAACCUUAAUUGAAGUCACUGUAGAAAAAGAAGCACAAAUGGAAGAACUUAAAGAAACUAGGGCUUUGCAUGCCUCAGUGGUUGAAGAAUUUGAAAUUGCUGUUUCUAAUUUGAAAGAGUUGCUGAAAAGAGAACAAAAUAGAUUGAAGCAACUUGAAGAAGAGUCAGAAAUACUUGCCUCAGAGCUCCAAAAUAAAUCUAUUGAACUGGAAGAGAUGGCCAAACUAAAAAGUGACAAAGAAACACAACUUGAAGAUCUGACAGAAGCCUUGGAACAAGUUCAAGAACUUUUAUCUGAAAAGAAACAUCUUGAGAUCACUAUUGAAAAAUUACAAAAGAGAGAAAAAGAGAUGAAGGAUAUUCUUCAAAUCAGAGAGAAAGAAGUACAUGAUUUGGAAGUACGGUUAACUGGUGCCAUUGAAAAUGAGCAGAAUUGUUUAAAACAGAUUACAGCACUGAAUGCAGAGCUUGAAAAAGAGAUGCUGCAGAAUGAGGAACUAAAUAUGAAUUGCAAUAAGCUUUUAUUAGAAAAAGAACAAAUAGCACAAAAGAAAAGUGAUACUGUCACAGAGCUCAAGAAACUACAAGAAGAUAACAGAAAGAAAGAAGAAAAGACUAAGAAGCUAAUAGAAAACCUUGAAGAAACAAACAGCCAGCUUAGAAAUGACUUGGAGUCUCUGAAGGAGAAGAUGAAAAAGAAAGAUGAAGAGGCUAAAACUAAACUGGAUGAAAGUGAAGAAAAUUUUAACAAUUUAAAGAAACAGGUUGAAAAUAAAACCAAAUACAACGAAGAACUGCAGCAAGAGAAUAAAGUGUUGAAAAAGAAAAUUGCAGCAGAAAGCAAGCAAUCCAGUAUUUAUGAAGGGAAGGUGAAUACAUUACAACUAGAGCUCGAAAAUGUAAAUAGGCAACAUAAGGAAACAAUUGACAGCUACCAAAAAGAAAUUGAGGCAAAAAACAUAACAGAAGAAAAACUUCUUGAAAAGGUGGAAAAGAUGAGGUUAAUAGCUGAUGAAGCAGUAAUACUGCAGAAAGAAAUUGAUAUUCGAUGUCAGCACAAGAUAGCUGAAAUGGUAGCACUUAUGGAAAAACACAAGCAUCAAUAUGAUAAAAUGGUUGAAGAAAAAGAUACAGAAUUAGAACUCUGUAAGACGAAAGAACAAGAACAAAUGUCAGUUAAAAGAUCCUUGGAAAUUGAGCUAUCUCAUGUGAAAAGUGAACUAUUAUCCCUUAAGGAGCAGCUUAAAAUAGAGGUUGAAGAGAAGGAAAACCUUGCAAGAGAAGCAAAAGAAAAUGCGGUUUCUGAAAAAGAAAAAAAGCAUAAGAAAAUACAAACAUCCUUUAUGGAGACUCCUAAAACCAGUUUAAAGCUUGCCUCUGCAUCAGUUAAUUCAAAAAAAAAUUCAUCCCAGAAUUUCACAUCUUUUAGAGAGAACAAGUUGGAAAACAAAGAAAUGUCUUCUUGGACACCUACUAAAAGUGUCUUGGGCACUCCAUCAUUAAAGACAUAUACUGUGAAGACUCCUCCAAAAUAUAAAUUGCAAAGAGAAAGCAUGAAUCCACUUUCAGAAGACGACAUGAAGAAAAAAAGAAAAGUGCUUUUAGAGCUGGAUACUCAUUCAGAUAGCUCAGAACACAAUGACCUCCUGAGCAUAGUCUCAGAGGAAGAAAUGUUUAAAAAGCUGUACAAAAAUUGUCCUCAAGCUUCUCGCUUAUGUGUCAUGACACCAAAAAAGGUUCUGUCAACCAUAAAAUCUACUGGUGCUGCACUGAAACUUACAGCUAUGAAAAAGAUGCGAGAGACUGGAUGGACUGCAGUUUCUAAAAUGGACAGGAAAAAAAAAAUGAAAGAAGCUGAAAAACUCUUUGCCUAAAAUUAAAACUGAGCAAUCAGUUAGGAAUUUUCUGUUCAUAUAAAAUCUUUUACAGUAGAAUUUAUUAAUCCUACACAGUUAGCACUUGCAGCAUAUUACUGGUUUAGGGCUAAAUCCUGGAAGUGCUAUGUUUGUGGAACUCCUGUUGAUUUCAUUGUGGUUACUUUGUUCCACCACAACCUUGUCCUCUGGAGGACUCUUCACAUUGGGUUUACACCAUCAUAAAACAACAUAAACCUAGGAAUAAAUUUGGCCCAUUUCUGUUUUGAAAAUUGAUAGGAAAAAAUAAUGUAUGGUGUGUUAAAAUGGAAAAAUAUGUUGCAAAAUUGUUUGAAGUCAUUUCAAUAACA